UCUAAUUUUGUCGUGCCCGCGGUAGCUGAUGGAAGAUGAAUGAAGCGAUUGAAGCCACUAGCUAGCAAUUAGCUAGCGACAACAACAUUAAAGCAUAUUAACUGGCAUGAUAUGCUGGAACAAUAAACAGUAAUAAUAAAGACCUUUGGGAGCUGUGAAUGGGAUACUGGGUUUCGCAUGAUUGGUACACAAGCUGAGCAGUGACAGCCAGUUGAUGUGUGGGGCUUGCUAACAACAAACGUUAGCAUGCACUGGAAAGAUUCUCUUGGGGCGGAUGCAGAGUUGAAACUGUGAAUCGACGAUAUACACACCACCUGAAGAGGGGUAAGGUAGCAGUGCCAUCAUGUACUCGAGCCCCAGCAACCCUAUGAAGUCCAGCUGCAACAGCAGCAGCAUCACUGAGCUGCUGGGUGCCCUCUGUGACUGCAGCCUGUCUGGGGUGUCAUGGAAACGCCGCGCCCUGGGUGGUGUCUCAAGGGAAGGUUUCCGCAGAGCUCUCAAGAAGUGUGCCUACGGUGCCCUGCUGUCUAAGCUAUUUCAAGAUGGCACCAAAGGAUCUGCCUUGGGACAGAGUGCCACAGCUAAUACGCCACCUAAAAACAAAGUCCUGAUGAUAUGUUUUGACUUACGUGUGGCGGGGUGCCGAGAGGAAGCAGAGAGACUGGAGCAGCAGCUGGGGAUGCUGCCUGAGGGAGCAUCUUCUGGCCUGAAGGAAGUAGAUGCAGUCCUCGAGCUGUUGGUACAUCUCGCUGGCUCGGCUCCUCCACCCCCCACCUCUUUCAGCAGGGACUACAUGAGAAGAGAGAGGCCUGUGCUGCGGAGGCCUCAACCAUGGGGCUACCAGAGCGAGGAGCUGCAGAGACUAGAAGCCCGGGCCUGGGGCCUAGUCUGUGGGGAGGAAUGGGGGACUUUGGAGAGUCUGUGUGGAACCCAGCAGCUGAUGGAUGCCCCUCCGGGCACAGGAUUGUUGGCACUGAGAACUAAAUUGGAAGCAGAGGAAAGAUUUGAGAGGGAGACAAGGAUGAAACUGUUUGGAGCACUGCAGCACACUCGCACCUCCGACAUAGACAUAAGAUUGGACUUGCCUCCUGUUCCAAGUAAUAUUGAUGUUACCGGGCUGGCCCUAAGGGUGCCCCCAUGUUUAGAUCAGUCUGAGGAUGAGGGCUUCCAGUCAGCUUCCAACAUGACCCCAGACUCUCAGUCAGAGACCAGUCCCAUUCCAGACGUUGAUAUAUGGGAGGCUCUCCGCACGUUUGAGCCAGGAAAACGACGCUGCUGGGAGUCAGUUGGCUGCCCACCAGGGAACAGAGAGUCACUCUAUCUAACAGAGGGAGGCAGGGAGGCCUUUGACCAGCUUUAUCGUCUAUGGGAGGGGGAGAUGAGGGUGGUCAGCACUGCGACACCUUCUCCUCUCCUCCCGCUGCCCCUGGACUCUCAGGCACAACUGGUUUUUGAUCUCCUUAACGUCUUGAUCGGAGUGGCGUCCACGACCUUCCCUCUCAACCAGAGUGUUCAGUUUGACGUCAGGCCUGGUGUAUGCGUGUCAGGAGCCUCUCCAGAAAGUGUGUCUCGUCUCCUUGGGGAGCUAGCCCAGUACGGCACACACUACUUGAGACUUAGUCGCUUUUCUCUGCAGAGUGCUGACAAAAAAGGCCUAGUCUUUCAGGCUUUUACAGGUGGUCUUCGGAAGUAUCUGCAUUAUUACAGGGCUUGUGUUCUCUGCACUCCACCCACCCUCAGCCUGCUUACUAUCGGCUUCCUCUUCCGCAAAGUGGGACGCCAACUAAGGUACCUGUCAGAACUGUGCUGUGUAGAUGGGCCUUUGGGUGCGGGCCAGGCUACCUUCCCUGUGGGUGUUAAACUGCUGUCCUACCUGUACAAUGAAGUCCAGAAUAACUGCAGCAACGAAAACUAUCCGGUCCUGCUGUCGUUGCUGAAGAGCAGCUGUGAACCUUAUACUCGGUUUGUCUCUGACUGGGUGUAUAGUGGCGUGUUUCGGGAUGUUUUUGGAGAAUUCAUGAUCCAGGUCAACGAGGACUAUCUUGGCUGCAGAGACAAACACUUCUGGGUCCAAGGCUACACUCUGAUCUCAAAGGAUGUGGAGGAUUGUGUACCAGUCUUCCUUAGACACAUUGCCAAUGACGUGUACGUCUGUGGAAAGACAAUCAACCUCCUCAAGAUCUGCUGCCCACAGCACUACAUUUGCUGGUCGGAGCUGCCGGUGCCUCGCAUUGCUGUCACCUUCUCCCUCCGGGAGGUGGAGGAGAUCGAGAGGGACUGCGCUGUCUACCGGGGACGCAUGGAGAGGGUUGCUAAACACAGCGCCAUCAGCAGGGAGGAGCAGGCCCAGCGAGCAGAGCAAGCACGCCAAGAGCUGAUCGAUCAGGUCAGAGAGUCAGCAGCCAAAACCCUGGAGAGCAUCCGUGGGCGCCAGGUGUCGCAACGUCUGGCUGAGGAGGCCAAGAAGAGGGAGCGUUUUGAGGAGCUGAAACAGCACCUGGAGCAGGAGCAAGAGUGGCGAAGUGCAGCCAAAAAGAGGCAGGAGGAGGAUGACUUCAGCUUUGCCAGAGAGCUGAGGGACAGAGAAAAGAGACUACAAGCCCUGGAGGAGCAACUGGAGCAGAGAGCCAGGAAGGAGCUGAUAGCUCAGUACAGCCAUCUGUCAGAGGAGGCAGCUCGCAGAGAGAGGCGGGCCAUGUGGCGAGUUCAGCGAAUGAGACUUGACGAAGCCCGGGCUGAGUUCUUCAUGCAUGACAGCCAGCAGACUCAGACAAUGCUGGAGAAAUAUCCUUUAGGCCAGGCGAGACCUCCCAUGGAAGUGUUACCACCUGUUCCCUCAGCACAACAGACUGCACCACAACCAACACUGGAAUAUCCCACUCAGGAUACGUCUAAGCAGCCGGCAGAGACUCAAGAAUCUGAUGCUGUAUCACGACCACCACCUGACCCAUCUUCACCCGCCAUCACCCACCCUACACUAGACCCUGCACUUAUCUCUGAGGACAUUGACAUCAAUGAUUUUCUCCCAAAGCCACCAAAUCCUGACAGCCAGCAGGUGGACUUCGCCCUGCAGGAGAUCGGCUCUGACCUACCUGAAAUGUGUCCUACAGCACAACUAGUAGACUAUGACUUCAGUGCCCCCUUUAGUCCACUCGAGGGUAUCACUGGCCAAGCCUCAGUCCAGCCCCGUCCUCGCUGGGGACCGGCAGUCCACCCCGACUUGAUCCAUAACCACCCCUCUUUUUCCCAUAUCCCCAUAGGAGAGAACAUGUCUCAAGUCCAGGAUGGUGUCCCCAAAGCCAGCGACUUUGGCCAAGCCUCUAAAUCCAGCUUUCCGCUAGGACAAUACACCCCAGAUGAGCUCCAAAAUACCUCUAAAGCAAAUAUUUAUGGACAUCCCUCUCAAGCCUCAGUGCAGCUAGUAGAUGGGAGUGGCUCAAUGACAGAAAACAAGCAAACGGAAGUUGCAUCUAAGACUGAAACAGGGAAUAGGGAAAGUGAAGAUGAUGGUGAAUUUGUGGAGGCUGGAAAAGGCAAUGGUAUGGUUGAUGCAGCCCCUGCCACCACCUCAGAGCAAAGUGGCGAGGAAAAUGGUCAUCACAAAGCAGUGACAAGUCUUUCUGACUGUGGUGGUAUUGAUUCACCUGAUGGAAGCACUCAAGACCGCAGCACAGAUGCUCAAGAUAAAACUGGUGAUAAUAUUUCGUUGCCAAACAUUAAUGCAUCCAGUGGACAGCUAGAAGAUGGAGGGCUGACUUCAGAUGCAGUUGCCCAGCAGCCUUCACUUAGCAUCCACGGGCAUUCCUCUGAUGCUCACAUAAAGGUCGGACAGCUCGUAUCAGAGGUAACGGCUCCUCUUCCAUCCCCUAACGUCCACGGUCACGCCUCAGAUUCACACAUCAAAAUUGGAGAACAUGUUUCGGAAGCUGAUGCUCCGCUGCCUUCCUCCAGUGUUCACGGUCACUCUUCCGAUGCUCACAUUAAAGUCGGAGAAAAUGUUUCAGAGUUUGACGCUCCACUUCCUAUUCCAAAUGUCCACGGUCAUGUCUCACAUGCCCAUAUCACAGUGGGCGAGCAUGUUUCAGAUGUGGUCGCUUCUCUGCCCUCUCCCAACCUUCACGGUCACAGCUCAGAUGCUCAUAUAAAAGUUGGAGAAAAUGUCUCGGAUGCUGUUGUGCCAUUUGCUGCUCCCAGCAUCCACGGCCACGCCUCUGAUGCUAAUAUAAAAGUGGGAGAAUAUGUGUCUAACAUAGCUGAGGAAAGACCUCGUUGGAGUAAACAUGGGCAUGCCUCAGACUGCUUGCUUCAACCAGGCUGUGUGGUGGCUGGGUCUGAACCCGCCUUGCCUGCUCUACCUGGAAGCGAUUAUGGCCACUCCUCGGAUUCUGCGUUGAGUAUUGGAUGCUUAGUUUCAGGAAAUGAAGCCAAACGUUCUCCUCUACCCGGCAGUGCCUUUGGCCAUUCUUCAGACUCAAAUUUAGGGGGUGGAUGUGUUGUUUCCAAAACUGAUCGACUAACAUCACCACUACCGGGCAGCGCCUAUGGCCACUCCUCGGAUUCUGCGUUGAGUAUUGGAUGCUUAGUUUCAGGAAAUGAAGCCAAACGUUCUCCCCUACCCGGCAGUGCCUUUGGCCAUUCUUCAGACUCAAAUUUAGGGGGUGGAUGUGUUGUUUCCAAAACUGAUCCGCUAACAUCGCUACUACCGGGCAGCGCCUAUGGCCACUCCUCUGAUUCUACGCUUGGGGUUGGAUGUGUGGUGUUGGGAACAGAGCCGCAAGCCUCGGCAAUACCAGGCAGCAUUUACGGCCACUCAUCAGAUUCUUCACUUAAAGUUGGAUGUGUGGUGAAGGACAAAGACAUCUUAAAUCAGCAGAGGGCAGAAGACAAUCAAGAUGGUAAAGGUUCAAAGACAGACAGCCUUGGUGAGCAGCUGGUUGAGAUCACAGGGUCCUGGGCAGCCGUCUCCAGUUUAUCCCCUGGAGAAAAGUCUGAGCAGGAAUACCUCUUUGCUUUGUCUGCUCAGUACGAGGUGGAACAAUACGAAGACUGCUACAACCUAAUGGCUUCGUCCCCCGAGUGUCAGCUGCUGAAGCAGGUAACUCGGGGCCCCUGGGGCCUUCCCAUGGACCCCACACUCCGCAGAGCCACAGACACCUCCGCUGUUCAACUCAGCGAGAUGGUUUCCCUGCCGGUACUGAUAAAACAAGCAGUCACUACCCCGCUCAUCACACAUGUGUCUUUGGUGAACAAGGCAGUGGUGGACUACUUCUUUGUGGAGUUGGGGGUGGAGAGACACUUUGAGGCUCUGCGCCACUUCCUGCUGAUGGAGGAUGGCGAGUUCGCUCAGUCCCUCAGCGACCUGCUCUUUGAAAAGCUGGGCAGUGGGCAGACUCCCGGCGAGCUGCUGACCCCUCUCGUCCUGAACUCCAUCCUCAGUAAGGCCCUGCAGUACAGCUUACACGGGGACACCCCCUUAGCUGGCAACUUCACCUUUGCCCUUCGCUUCCUCCCGGAGACCUUCCACCCGCACGCCCCUGAUUCUCUCAACUGUCUGGAGCUACGCUACAAGGUGGACUGGCCGUUGAACAUCAUCAUCACGGACAGCUGCAUGAACAAGUACAACCGUCUGUUUUCGUUCCUGCUGCAGCUCAAACACAUGGUGUGGAGCCUCCGCGAGGUCUGGUUUCACCUCAAAAGAACAGCGCUGGUGAAAGGUGCAGGCCGCUCCGUGCAGUUUCGUCAGCUGCAGCUUUACAGACAUGAGAUGCAGCAUUUUGUCAAGGUGAUACAGGGAUACAUCGCCAACCAGAUCCUGCAAGUGUCCUGGAGCGAGUUCACAGCCAAGCUGGCCACUGCCAACGACCUGGACGCCAUCCACCGCACACAUGCAGACUACCUCAACAGAGCCAUCUUCAGGGGUUUGCUUACAGAGAAGGCGGCUCCGGUCAUGAACAUCAUCCACAGCAUCUUCAGCCUGAUCCUCAAGUUUCGGGCCCAGCUGAUCGCACAGCCCUGGGGCAGCCAGCAGGGGGAGGCAGUGCACCCCAGCUUCAUUGCCAUGCAGCAGUCGUACAACACCUUCAAGUAUUACUCCCACUUCCUUUUCAAAGUGGUGACUAAGCUGGUGAACAGAGGCUACCAGCCGCAUCUAGAGGAUUUCCUUCUUCGCAUCAACUUCAACAACUACUACAAAGACUCCUGAGCUGUGUACUGCUGUGUUUGGUGUACAUGAGCAAAGUAAAAGCAAAACAGUAAAAAUAUUUGACAAAAUGCAGGCUUACAUUUGGUAGAUACUCAUCGUGCAUCAUGACUGAGAACUUUAUAUAAAGGGCAUGCAUUUGACAUUUAAACCAGUUAAUCAGUGUGCAGGAUCUGAACCACAUGUCUGUGUGCUUCAUUGUUGGCUUUACUUCUAAAAGUGUUUGCUGCCAAAGUUUGUAAUUGAGAUGGAGCUUAUCUGUAAUGUCUCACGCUCUGCUAUGUAGAUUUUAAGUGCACAUAAAUUGUUAAUUAUAUGUAAAUACAAAAAGCUUUGUUAAAUAAAUGCUCUAUUCUCUAGAA